UUCCUUUUCCUCCAUUUUUUGUGCGUAGAGGGGAGAGAAGAAGCAAGCUUCGAGAAACGUUCCUCCUCUCGCCCUUUUCCCUCGAGACCGACUCAUCCUUCUGAGAUAUUCUCUCACCAUUUGAACCGAACCAAAACCAGAACAAAAAAACUAAUUCAGUGAUCGAUAUCCACAUACACGUAUUAAGAGUCGGUGUGAUUAAUGGCGGACGCUUACUGCUCUGACUGCAAGCGGCACACCGAGGUGGUUUUCGACCAUUCGGCUGGCGACACCGUCUGCUCCGAGUGCGGCCUCGUCCUUGAAGCUCACUCCAUUGAUGAAACAUCCGAGUGGAGAACCUUCGCAAACGAGUCCGGCGACAACGAUCCCGUCCGUGUCGGCGGCCCUUCUAACCCUCUCCUCACCGACGGCGGCCUCUCCACCGUAAUCUCUAAACCUAACGGCGCCUCCGGUGACUUCCUCUCGUCCUCUCUCGGACGAUGGCAGAACCGCGGAUCAAAUCCCGAUCGAUCCCUUAUACUCGCUUUUAAGACCAUCGCGACCAUGUCUGAUAGGUUGGGUCUUGUUGCAACUAUAAAGGAUCGGGCCAAUGAGAUAUAUAAGAAGGUGGAAGAUCAAAAGUCUAUUAGGGGAAGAAAUCAGGAUGCAAUUUUGGCUGCCUGCCUGUACAUUGCUUGUCGACAAGAAGACAAGCCCCGCACAGUAAAGGAAAUUUGCUCGGUUGCCAAUGGAGCUACAAAGAAGGAAAUUGGCCGGGCAAAAGAGUACAUUGUGAAACAACUUGAGGUCGAGAUGGGUCAAUCAAUGGAGAUGGGAACUAUACAUGCUGGGGACUUUUUGAGACGUUUUUGUUCUCAUCUUGGCAUGACAAAUCAAGCAGUCAAAGCUGCCCAAGAAGCAGUCCAGAAAUCGGAAGAGCUAGACAUCAGGAGGAGCCCCAUUUCAGUAGCAGCUGCUGUUAUUUAUAUGAUUACUCAGCUAUCAGACGACAAGAAGCUUCUUAGAGAUAUUUCCCUUGCUACUGGAGUUGCGGAAGGCACAAUCAGGAAUUCUUACAAGGACCUUUAUCCAUAUGCGUCAAGGUUAAUCCCAAACUGGUUUGCCAAGGAGGAGGACCUUAGGAAUUUAUGCAGUCCCUGAAAAACAAUAAAUUACAGUGAGAACCAUAGAAAAUAUCAAUUGAUUCAAUAUGACGGGAACCUUUUUUGGUUUAGUUAAUGUGUUGGGAUUGCUUUUUAUAAGCAAAAUGUUUAGACUUUCUUUUGUUAGACACUAUUUGGGAUUAUACCAACCUUUGAUCAUUAAAGAACUUCUCAAAUUUUCCUUGUUUUUUCUUAAGUCAAAAAUCAAAAUGGAAGAGCUUCGCCUUUUUCCCCAA